UCAGGGACAUCAUCCGUAAGGUGGAGCGGGCGGAGGCCUUGAUGAAAAAGGCCUUGGAGAUGAGUGAACUGGUGGAAUGGCGAUUUAAGGACCAUAAUGGGUCAAUGGUGGCCUUUGACAUGAACACCAACCUCACCCUCGAGGAAGCUUUCAAGACCAAACAAAAAGCAAAGAUCAAGAUCAACAAUGACGCGUACACCGCCGACCCAGAGCGUGAAAAAGCAGUUUCAGCAAACGGACGUAAUGACGUGGAGCUCCAUCGAAAAGACCUGAAAGGUACCAGCGCUCUGCCUUUGCCUUCAUGUUGGGAGGACAUGAAGGACGACCUGCUGAAGUUGUUUGCUGUGGCUCCAGCAUCUAAUGAAUACAACGAUGUGGAGAAGGAACUGACAAAGACCGGACUCAGCCUCAACAUCAUCAGUAUCGAACGAGUCCAAAAUCCGUCACUGUGGCAGAACUACCAGAUCAUGAAGAAACAAAUGGAGGUGAAGAAUAAACACACAAACAAUGAACUGCUUCUGUUUCACGGCACCACUGACACCUCCAUUGAUCUGAUCAACAAACAAGGCUUCAACCGCAGCUACGCAGGAAAAAAUGGUGCAAUGUACGGCAAUGGCUCUUACUUUGCUGUGGACCCUACAUAUUCAGCAGGAAACUACGCCACGCCCGACACCAGCGGACACAAGCGCAUGUACCAGGCCAGAGUUCUAGUUGGAGACUACACCCAAGGACGAAAAGGCAUGAUCACCCCUCCUCCUAAAUCUGGGAGUGCCUCAGACCUGUAUGACAGCGUCACAAAUGACACUGCAAAUCCAAUCAUGUUUGUGGUCUUCAAUGAUAUCCAGGCCUACCCAGAAUACCUCAUCACAUUUACAUAA